AAGACGGAGGUUGAGGACGAAUCAGUGGGAAAAUUGCGGUGCAAGACGGAUUUUCUGGACAAAGACAGAAAAUUAUUAAAAUGAGGGUCGUAAUUUGUGCAAUUUUAGUGGCGAGUUGCCUAUCCGUUGCUACGGCGGGAGAGGAACAUGUCGUAGAAAGGGUGAAACGUCAAGGUUGGGGUGGUGGUGGGGGAUACACUGGAGGUGGGGGCGGUUUCCCAAAUUAUGGCGGAGGGUACGGCGGAGGCCAGAAGGGAUUUGGAGGUGGUGGAUUCGGUGGUGGGGGUGGCUAUGACCAGAAGGGCUUUGGUGGGGGUGGUUUUGGCGGGCAGGGCGGAUAUGGUGGUGACCAGAAAGGAUUUGGGGGUGGCGGAUUCGGCGGAGGCGGUGGAUACGAUCAAGGAAAGGGAGGAUUCGGUGGGGGUGGCCUUGGUGGGGGUGGUUUUGGUGGGGGCGGCUUCGACAAUAAAGGAUUCGGCGGUGGCGGCGGUUAUGGGAGAAAAUAAAAACAACUCAUUACUUAAUCUAAUUUAAUUAAACAUUUUCUUAAUUAAACUAAAGUCUUAAAUUAAUAAAUCUUUUUCAUCCUCAUGCUAAACUUUA